AUGCAUAUCGACGCCUCUCGCAGGCGCCAGGAAGAGGUCCGCGAACCACCUCCUGCCACGAGACUCGGAGCUGAGGUCGGAUCGCAGCUUUACCCAUCAACACGGGCGAAUGAGCUUGUUGAUCCUCAGCCACUCGAUGCACCCGUGUUUCGGUGUGGCAUCCAUCAUCUCUCGCCCGGGGAUCUCCGGCGCCGGCUGUGUCAUAACCCGGCAAUAGAUGGACGCGCGUUCGACAUCGAAAUCCAGGACACGGCCACGAUCAGAGCUCUCAAGCAAAGCAUCGAAGCAGAAACAAACAUCCCCGUGCAAAGGCAGGUCCUCGCGGUCCUCGGACCCGGCGCCGUCAACUUCGACGAUGCCAUGCUCGUCAAGAAUGUCAUGAAGCCCCAAAGCACCAUCAUGCUGCAGGACUCGAGCCUGGGCAACAACCAGGGCCUCCAGGGGCAUCAUUACGGCGGCACCUUCUCCCUGGGCACCUUUGUCCACCAGGGCGACACCGUCGACCAGGGAUUCUGGGGCCAGUCGCCCACAAACCGAGGCCUCCACAACUUCAGCGACGUCUUCUCCACCAACGGCAUCCUUCAGCGAGGCGACCACUACCUUGUGCAAGUGCCCGGGCCCGGGCUCCUCCAGCAGCCCGAUCACCAGGGCGAGCGCCACCCCGAAAGUGCAACGGGCGGCAGCCAGAACACCCCGCGACGAGGGCACACGUAUGGGAAUGCGAGGACCGAAGAUACCGACCACACCCAGGGCGACGAGAUCAAUUCGGGCUGGAACGGGCCGGCGCCUACGGGUGUAAGGCAUCGGUACGGUGAAACCCAGUCGACCGGAGGUGGGCUACACCAGGGCAACAUAUUCGGGAAGCCUACCUGA